AUCGUCGUUGCCAUUUUGUAGCCAUUUUGGAAAAUUGCUUCCGUGCGGUUUCUACAUUUCAUGCUGAGUAUCUCACGAUUUCUCUAAAUUCUUCCAGUGGUCAUUUGUUAUGGAGAGUGAAAAGGAGGAGAGAAGUCAAGAAGAAGAUGAUGUCAUGCAAGUAGAGCAUGUAUCCCAAUCAGGAGAGGCCACCAUAGAUGUAUCUGAGAUCAGCAACAUGGACAUGACCCAACGUGCUGCUUCCGAUACUGGAACUGAUGUUGAUGUUGAGGAUUUGACUGCUGAUGAUACCGCUGCUACAUCGAACUGUGAAUUAAAUGAAGCUGCAUCCAGUAAAGCGGUGGAUGAAGAGACAGAUCCUGAUACCUCUGGAAAUACAGAUACAACCAAGAAUGCAGAGAUUGAGAGAGAGACAUCUGGCAUAGAUGAUGCUGUCAGUGAUCUCUUUGAUGAAGAAACAGAAUCUGUGCUAAAAACCAUCAAGAUCUUUGAAUUCUGUGGAGAAGACUUGGUGCAAAAGGAUCAUAUUGAAUUCCACGGACUUGGAGCUGGGGCUUCUGAUGAGGAUGAAGAGCUAGGUUCUGGCAUUGAGAGUGAUGCAACAGAUGACUUUGAUGCAGACAAUCCUUUUCGCUGUCGUUUCUGCAAAAAGACUUUUGGUUACAAGAGUAAUUUGGUCCGCCACGAAAAGACUCAUUCAGGGAGUAAACCAUUUAUCUGUGUGCACUGCGGUAAGGCCUUUGCCUUGCAGUCAUACCUUCAACAGCAUGAGCGUGUUCAUCGUAGUAAUAGGGAAAAACCAUUUAUUUGUUACCAAUGUGGCAAAUGCUACAGCGAUAAAUGGAUGCUAAAAAAGCAUGAGCAGUCACAUGGGGAUCAUCCUGAUGAUGGGCCUAAUGCCUAUAAAUGCCAGUAUUGUGAUCGUACCUUUGAUCGCAUUCGGAAUGUUAGGCGACAUGAGAGGACCCACACUGACACACAGGACACUACUGCCUAUCAGUGCCCGGUGUGCCACAAAUUUUUCACAUCAUUUAGUAACUUUAAGCGUCAUCAGACCACCCAUACAGAAGAGAAACCCUACAGAUGCAUGCACUGUAACAAAUCAUUUGCCUUGCUUCACUAUUUGAAGCAGCACUUCAAGACUCAUGUUGACGAUAAAGAUAAGCCCAGGCACAUGUGCUCUUAUUGUGGGAAGGUAUUCAGUGAGAAUUGGUAUCUGCGAAAACAUGAGUUGACACAUACAGACAACCCAGAAUUCAAAUGCAAGAUCUGCAACAAGGUCUUUUCUUGCAUCAGCAACUAUAAACGUCAUGCUCGAGUUCAUUCUGGGGAGAAACCAUUCGUUUGUCAGUACUGUGGACGUGCUUUCUCUGAGAGUGGAACCCUCCGUCGUCAUGAGCGUACUCACACUGGUAACAAGCCAUUUAUAUGCAAGUACUGUGGACGUAGUUUUACCGUCAGUCAUGCCAUGAAACGUCAUGAGAGUACACACUUUGAAGAAAAACCCUAUCGCUGUACCAUUUGUGACCGUACGUACACUGACAAUAGUGCCCUUGCUCGUCAUGAGCGUACUCAUUUGGAAGAUAAGAAGGAGACUCUUGUUGCCACCGCUACUAUUGAAGAUGCCAAUGACAUAAUGCCCCUCACUCAAGUGGUUCGGAUCGUCCAGAUGUCUACUAGUCAAGAUAUCCAAGAGAUGGCAGUGGGUGCAGCAGGUCAAGAUGGUCAUGUUCAGGUGUCUCAACCAGUUGAAGCUGCUGAAUAUCAGGUUAUUGAGCAGGUCUACCAAGCUUCUAGCAGUGGUCUAGCACCAGUCUCUGUACAAACUGUAUAUGAUUCAGCAGGAUUGACCCAAUAUUUAAAUUCGCAGUGAUUCAACUUAAAAUCAUUUACAGGUACAUGAACAGUUUAGUCUGGACAUUUUUUCAGUAUAUUACCUAUUAAGGCUUAAAAGUACACCAAUGGUAUUUUUCUUCUCUUUGUUCGUUCCUAUCCAUAUGAUAUUACCAUAUAUUUAUGAUAUGAUAAUUUAUAAUUUGAUAUAUUUGAUACGUUCAUGUUCAUGGUUUUGAUUGAGUGAAGCGAGCGAGCCAAAAAUAUCCAUAUUAUAUUAUGGUAUGGAAGAAGUUUUUUUUUUUAAGGCAAAUACUUUUAAUGAACUCCAUGACAAAACGACUACUAGGUUUCCAUGUCCUAGCUGUCAAAUUUUGCACUUGGCUGUUUAUUGUUUACUUACCAAACAUAACUUGUCUUUUUAGAAGCAAGUGAAGAAAAAACAACUUAAACUUUUUUUAUUUUAAUGAUAAAGAUAAUGAUAUUUUUUGUAUAUGUAGUGCAAAUCAAGUUAUCUAAUAUCUCUAACUCUCUAUGGACUUCAAAAAGGACUUUGGAUAUUUUUACAAUGGCUUUUUUUUUAAUAAGGGCAUUUAAAGGAAAGGGAAGGCGGUGCUCACUUUUUGAUGGCAUCCAAAGCCAGUAGAAUAGGGCACCAAUGGUGAAAUGUACUUUCAGAGCUACAAAUUAGAAUGGUUUUAUCCUAUUAGUAGGAUAUUUUAAGGAAGAAAGUGACACUUGUAGGAUUUUCCCCCCGGAAAUUUGAUUUUUUUUUUGUACUUGUGAUAAUUUUUCAUAUGCCUUUAAACAAUUUCAAGAAGAAAAAAAAAGAGAGAAUAGAUCUAUAAUCUAUAUGAUUUUUUUUUUCACAAUUAAAAGUUUGCAAGUCUGUACUUUUCAAUGUGACACAUGCACUGGAUCACUGCAGGCAGGACACCUUGGCAUUAAGUCUACAAAUGUUGUUUUCCUCCUUUCAUUGAAUUUUUUUGGGGGAACUUAAGCAUCUUGAUGUAUACACUUGAAUGUAUAUAGUUUACUGAUACCACUGUGACUUCUUUAGGCUAGAAAAAAUCAUUUUGAGGGGCCAUUUUUAAUAUUGGGUUGAUUUCUCUAUUUUUUCUUGUAGGGGGGGGGUAGUUCUUUUCAUUUCAAGGGCUACAUGUUUCAUUUGAUAAAGUGCAAAAUAAUAAGUACUGGUUGUAGAUAAAGUGGAAAUUAUUCCAUCUGGACAUUAGAAUAAAUAUGGUAUUAUACUAUUAGAUCAAGUAAAGUUUCAACCAAAUGACAAUUCAAUCAAAGUAAAGUGGGUUUAGCUCAUAAUACUACAAGUAUUUGAAAACCCUUGCUAUGAACUAUUGUACAGUCACUUGUAUGUAUUUUAUUAUCUAGAGUGCAAAGUGCAAACAUGUACACUUCUCUGAUAAGUGCCCUCUUAACACUGUAAAACUGAUUGUCACGAAAUUCAUACAGAUGGCAUUGAUGAUUUAUAUGCAAUUAGUCUUUAGAGCCAAUACAUGUAUAUGAUCGACAUAAUGUAAAAGUUUUUAUCAAAUUGAUUAGACGUACAUGUACAUGUAAAUGUCCAAGGCUGUACUUCAUGAAGAGUUUACAUUUACUAUGGUGUUCAACUGCUUUCAAAGGGAAUUUAGCAUGCAAAUAAUUAAGUUUAUUUCAUGGUUUUUGUUUUAAAUAAUGAUUUUUUUGUGAAUUCUGUUUAUAAUAUCAAAUGAUGUGUAAAUACUUGCUGAAGAUUUAGAAUAAAUUACAAUUUGAUCAG